UAGAGGGAUCAAGGGGUUUUUGGAAAGAAAAUCUCAAGUAAGAGAUUAUUUCAAAGUCUUGGUUAGUACACCAAGAGUAAUAUGUGCCUUGUGCACGAUUUGUUUCCACAGCAACAUCCGCGUUUAGCUCUUCACGCCUUCUUACAAUUUAGAUUUAUAUUUAAAUAUUUUUUGCUUACUGGGCAUACAUUGUAUAAAAUCUUAUUCACAAAACAUGGAUCUUAAUGUAAGUAUAUAAAUCCAAACAUCUAGAUAUAGCUCUUCAUUGUUGCACCCUUUGAGACGCUCAAAAGUCAAUUGCUACUUGGAUAAAAUGCUAAGGAAGAAGCCGAGUUUCAUUUGCCUCUUCACAAUCAUCACCAUCAUCGUUGUUCCAAUACAAGCGGAUCAGCAAUCUCUACCGAACCAAUUCCAUAAUCUGUACGACGAUGAUACCAACCCACCAAAUUUAACAAAUAUAUUCAGGACGACCAACGGACUCUUGAAUUUCCUGAAACAGAGUCAACAAGAUCUAAAGCAGGAAAUACCAGAAACGACCCCUGAAUUCGGAGCCAUAUACGACUUUGUAAUAGUUGGUGCUGGCACGGCAGGUACUGCAAUAGCCGCAAGAUUAAGUGAGAUUCCUCAAGUAAAGAUAUUGCUGAUCGAAGCUGGCUCCAACGAGAAUCUUCUCAUGGACAUUCCGCUAUUCGCUUCUGCUCUACAACUAAGCAAUGACAUCAAUUGGAAGUAUCAAACCAAGCCGUCCGACAAAUAUUGUCUUGGUAUGAACAACAACAGUUGUAACUGGCCUAAAGGAAAAGUGAUGGGUGGCACCAGCGUGCUAAACUACAUGAUUGCUACCAGAGGCAACGCCGAAGAUUAUGAUCGCUGGGCAGAAAUGGGAAAUGAAGGAUGGGCUUACAAGGACGUUCUUAAAUACUUCAAAAAACUGGAAACAAUUGAUAUUCCAGAAUUGCGAUCGGAUACCACUUAUCAUGGGACUGAAGGACCGAUGCACAUUACUUCUCCAUUAUUCCAUACACCAUUAGCAGAGGCUUUCCUAAAAGCUGGCGAGGAGCUAGGAUAUCCACUAGUAAAUUACAACGGAAAAGAUAUGAUGAUAGGAUUCUCAUAUAUGCAGAAUACGAUUAUGAACGGCAUCCGCAUGAGCAGUAAUAGAGCGUACCUGUAUCCCAUACACGAUCGCAAGAAUCUUCACGUGACUCGAGAGAGCAUGGUGAGAAAGGUGCUAAUCGAUCGUCAUACAAAACAAACGAUUGGCGUAGAGAUAAUUAAAUAUGGUCGGAAUAUCCCGGUGUACGCGAGUAAAGAAGUGAUAUUGUGUGCAGGUUCUAUUAGAUCGCCUCAGUUGCUAAUGCUGUCCGGUAUCGGUCCGGCUGAACAUCUUAGCGAACUAGGAAUAGAUGUUGUCCGAGAUGCACCGGUUGGAGAAAAUCUGAUGGACCAUGUCAUCUUUGGCGGAUUAACAUGGACGAUAGACGCACCGGUAGGAAUAAAAAUGCAGAACAUGAUAAAUCCCUCUUAUCCAUAUAUGGCGGAUUACUAUAUAAACCGGUCAGGCCCGUUAACGGUUCCAGAUGCGUGCGAAGCUGUUGGUUUCAUCAAUACUAAGCAUCCAGAGAAAUGCAAUAGUUUGCCAAACAUGGAAUUAAUAUUUUUCAGUAGUGGUGCAAAAGGGAAUACUCUUUUUCCGAUUGAAACGGGUUUGAAUGACCAAAUACGUCAGAUAUGGAGUAAGUACUUGAAUAAAAAUACCUGGACCAUUCUACCAACACUGUUGAAUCCAAAGAGUCGCGGACGGAUAAGAUUAUUGGCGAAUGACGUUAAUAUUAAACCUGAGAUUGUGCCGAAUUACUUCGACAAUCUGGAAGACAUCGAGACGUUAAUUGCUGGUAUUAAAGUCGCGAUAAGUGUCGGUCAAACAAAGGCGAUGCAAGCAUAUGGUUCACGAUUUACUAAUGAUACUAUACCUGGCUGUGAGAGCUUUAAUUACGAUUCUCAUGCUUACUGGGAAUGCGCGAUCAGAACGAUCCUUUUUACCGCUUAUCAUUACUCCGGUACUUGCAAGAUGGGACCAAGGGGAGAUCCAACUGCUGUUGUCGAUCCCACAUUGAAGGUAAUCGAUGUUCAAGGAUUGAGAGUAGCAGACGCUUCCAUCAUACCUGAGCUUCCAGCGGCGCAUCUAAACAUACCUAUUAUUAUGAUUGCCGAGAAACUGGCAGAUAUGAUCAAAAAAGAAUGGGGAUACUUGGAAAAACCAUUAGCAUGAUGUUUUGUAAAUUAACUUUAUCAUCAAAUAAAGUGGGAGUAGAUUAUAAUUAAG